AUGAAUAGACCUUUACCACUACUAUAUUUCUUACCACUACUACUACUACUACUAUUAUUAUUUUCUAUUCAAGUAGAAACAGCAAUUGUUACCAAUGAAGAACAAACUACAGCCAUAGUGGUUGCUCCGGAAGCUGGAAUAACAACAUCAAUAACAGCAAAACCUGAUGAUACGAAAAAAUCACCUGGUAAAUCACCUACUGAUUCUAAUGAUAUAGUAAAAAUCACUCUUCAAAGACCAACAACUCCACCACAAUCACAAGAUACUCAAUUAAAGGGAACAUCAAUUAAUAGUAAAAUUGAUCUGACCACUACUAAUAUACCUAAUUCUGCUAUAAGUGAAAAUAAUAUUGAUAAAUCAUUAUUUAAAUUAUUAUUUACUAUUCCACCUAAUGAUACAUUUUAUAAUGGAGAUUUUAAAUUUGGUAAUAAUAAAGAUAUUCAAUUAAGAUUAGAUUUAAUUCAACCAGAAAUUUGGGUAAUGAAUAAAAAUAAUUUCCCCAAUUGUGAUGAUCUUUUAGAAAAUUCCAACACCAAUAUAGAUACGGAUACGGAUACGGAUACGGGUACGACGACGACGACCAUAAAUUAUAAUUCACCAUUAACUUGUGCAUCUUAUGGAGUAUAUACAUCAUCAGAAUCAAAAUUUAUGGAAUCACCAACUUCAGGAAUAAAUGUUAAAAAUUAUGAAUCAUAUAUGAUACCAUAUUUAAAUCUGCUUGAAGCUAGUGGAGAAUUUGUUACGGAUAAUUUAUCAUUUAAUUUAACUUGUGGUGAUGAAUUUGAAUUUAAAAAUAUGACAUUUCUUAAUAGUAAUAAUACUAAUGCAUUAGUUGGAGGAUUAGGAUUAGCUGGAACUCCAAAAGGUUCAGGAUUUUUAUAUUCAUUAGUUGAUCAAGGUAUAAUAGAAUCACCAGGUUAUUCAUUAUGGUUUAGUAAUAAUAAUAAUAAUUCUGAUAAUAAUUCUGAUACUGCUAUAGCUCAAUUAUUACCAGGAAUAAUUAAUAAAAAAUAUUAUAUUGGAGAUUUUUAUCAAUUUGAUAUAAUUCCUCAUAAUGGAUUUAGAUAUAAUAUUAAUCAUCAACAACAAAAUCAAGAUUUAUUUGAUUUAAUAUUACCAAUAAUUCAAAUAAAUGAUAUUUUAAUGGUGAAUUUAAAUUCUCAACAAAAAUUAUCAAUGAAAAGUAAUAAUGAUCAAAUUCCAGUUAUACUUGAUUCAAGAGCAUCGAAUUUUUAUUUACCUUUAGAUGUUAUAAUCAAUUUAGCUAUACAAACUAGAGCUUAUUAUUCAAGUGAAUUAACUAGAUGGUUAGUUAGAUGUUAUCCUUUACUUGAUGUUAAAGCUGCCAUUGAAAUUAAUAUUGGUGGAUUAUCAAUAUCAAUUCCUAUAUCUAAAUUUAUUGGUAGAGCAGUAUAUAAUGGUAGUUCAUUAAAUUUUGAAAAUGGUGGUGAAGCUUGUAUUUUAAAAGUUGUUCCUAGUUCAGUAACUGGUUAUAAUAUGUUGGGAUUAUCAUUUCUUAAACAAAUUUAUUUGGCAGUUGAUAAUGAAGGUAAAAAAAUUGCUUUAGCUAAUCUGAAUAAAUAUUUAAAAAUUACUAAACAAGAUAUUUUUAAUGAUGAAAAAAUUUCAAAUCAACAAGUUUAUAAUAAUACUUUUACUGGAGAAUUAGAAAAUAUCACCAAUUCUAAUAAUAAUAAUAAUAAUAGUAGUAGUAGUAGUCAAUCAAUUGAUUAUAUUAAAUCAGGGAAAAUCCCCUUUGCUACAGUUUAUAGUGAAUCAACUGAAGGUACAUUUUUGUAUUCUUCACUUAGUCAAACUAGUGGAGCUACAGUUAUUUUGGAUAUUCCUGCUAGAUUUAGUGGUGCCACUAUAAAGAGUGGAUUGAUUUAUUUAAAUGGAGAUUCACUGACUUCUAUUACGACAAGUGCAGCUAAUGGAACAUCUACAAGUAAAGGACAAGCAAAUUUUUUGUUGAAUGGUCAUGGUAAAAUAAAAUAUAUGGAAGUUGGAUCAAUGAAAUUUCCAACAACAUCAACAUCAACAAUAACAUCACUUGUUAUAUCAAUAUUUCUUAUUAUGGUAACACUAUUAUAA